ACGACAUCAAGGCACCCCGACCCAUCUCUAAACCUACGACAUCCCAAUUCCAUUAGAGAUCCCGGCGAAUUCCACAAAAUGGAUCAACAACAGCCGCCCCCGACCCUCACGCACCCCCGCUUCACCCUCGAGCUCGAAUUUGUCUCCGCCCUCGCCAACCCAUACUAUCUCUCCCACCUGGCCGUGAACUACCCCAACCUGCUGGGCAUCUCGCGCACCUCCGACGAGACGGACGCCAAUAACGAUGACGCGCUGGAUCCGGACGCCCAGGCCUUCGCCGCCUACCUCGCCUACCUCUACUCCUACUGGAAGACCCCCGAAUACGCCCAAUUCCUGACCCAUCCUGGAGCGACCUUGCGCGCCCUGCGACUGCUUCAGGAGGAGACGUUCCGCCGGGACAUCAUCCGCCCCCAGGUCAUCGAAGGGUUGGCGGGCAUUGCGGGCGAUCAGGCUGUCCCGACCGGGGAGACGGACGGAGCGGACGAGAACCAGGAGAAUCCUCAGGAAAUGCAAGGGGUUGACAAUGCCGUCAAAGCCUAGUGUCUGUUCUGUCUACUUGGUGGCUUUUGCGUUGCGUGAGCCACAGCGUAUGGGGGUGUCAUAAUGAGGUUGACUCGGUGAUGAGGCAGGCCUUGGUCCGACCAAAGAGAGUCCGUUGGUCCUUGCGACCGGCGUUUGGGGCCGGGAAGCUUCCCCUUCACCUAUUUUGUU